AUGUCCAUCUGGCUGACCGACCAUCCGAUAGCCAUCAGGAUGGCUCACAACAGCAAGAAGGAUGUCAGAACCAGCUCGAUCCAGUGUUGGGUCAGCCGCUGUACGGAAGGGCCCUUCCCGAACUCCAGAGGAAUGCGGUCUUCCCGACACCGAGCAAGCAAAGGAUACUGUGUUCGCAACUGUAUCCAGUCUCUCUCCAGCCUCGCAACAUCGCCUCAAAGCUACAACAAGAGUAAAGUAUCAAAGAACAGCAGCCAUAAGAGCAACACCAUAAUGCGCGGCUCGUUGGUGACAAAGGCUUGCGUAGCCGCUUCAGCAGGCGGCAGCUUGGUGCUCGCCUACCCAGGCAUGGGGCGGAUGAACGAGUUGAUCGCACAAAUAAAAGCCCAAGGCUCCAUCAACACAACGAUGAGACACGACCGCGAUCUAAUCACCAGCGGCCCCAUACUGGCACCUUCACCUCUUGACUCAACCGAGGUCAUCGGCGACCUUGUCGACAUCCCCGAUGCUGGACUUACAGUUGUGGGCAGGUCCGUUCGCAAUAUCUUAAUCCGUGCGCCAAACGAGCCCGCCGAAGGCACCGACAUCUAUCCUUCCAUCGACUCGGUCCCAGACAUGGGCACUCCUGCGUGCAGGGCCGACGUCUGCUGCAUCUGGUGGUACGUCGGCUACGACAUGUACGACAUGUUCACGGCGAGAGAUGGCAGCUGUACAAAAGCCGCCCAGGCGGCCGUUCGUCUAGGUUUCCAUGACGCCGCCGGUUGGUCAAAAGGCACGGCGCCAAUUGGAGGGGCGGACGGUUCCAUCGUGCUGGCCCCCGAGGAGAUGGCUCGGAAGGAUAAUCGCGGCUUGGCCGAAAUUGUCGACCAAAUGCAAGAGUGGUACGAUUAUUACAAUGAAUACGGAGUCGGUAUGGCGGACCUGAUCCAAUUUGGCGCCACCGUAGCAGCUGUGUCCUGCCCCCAGGGUCCACGCAUCCGGUCCUUUGUCGGCCGUAUCGAUUCGCGCGUGCCCGCCCCUGAGGGACUUCUCCCGCCCGUCGAUGCUAGUGCCGAAUUUAACAUUGAGCUUUUUGUCAACAAGACCAUCAUGCCCAACGGGCUCGCGGCGCUUCUGGGGGCGCACACAACAAGUAACCAGCGGUUCGUCAACCGGGAACGCGAGGGCGAUGCACAGGACAGCUCGCCGGGAUACUGGGACACGCAGUUUUACCGCGACACCCUGGCGUUUCCCGGCGGCGACCCAGACGUCUUUACGUUCCAGAGCGACGUCAGCCUGUCGUUGGACCCGCGGACGGGCCCGAGGUUUGUGGACUUUGCGCGCAUGGGAGUCGAGCAGCGGGCGUGGAACGCCGAGUACGCGAGAGAAUACGUCCGUCUGAGCAUGCUGGGCGUCUACAAUAUCAACAAUCUCGUCGAGUGCACGCGCGCCAUGCCGCCGGCCUACGACCAGGACUGGUGGGCCCUCAGGAGGAGGGUCAAGCGCAAGGUCUCCAGCCGCGUCAGUGAACCCAAGCAGCUAAAAGAAGAGGAAGUGGCUCCGGUCACCGAUUCGUGGCAGGGUGUUACUCUCGAUAGUAUUGUCCAUGUUGUGAAUGGCAGCACAGCCUGGCUUGCGAUCUUCAACCGCCGCCUCGCCACAAGCGAGCAAGUCCUCGCCGAGGUCCGGAGCUUCCUCGAGUCGAUCCAGAAAUUCCAAGACCGCUGCGUCGACAGAAACGCAGCAUUCAAGACCAUCUGCGCGCGAUACGAUGCGCUGUUCCUCGCUCCGGCGUCCACGCCCGGCUCGAGCGCCGCCCACCUCGCAUCCCAGCGAGCGGCCACCACGGACCACAACCUAGACGUCGAGCGCUACGGCGCCGCCGUCGACGCCCUGCAGGCCGAGUUGAUCGCUCUGGAGCGCGAUCUGGGCCUCCUCGACCACAGGAAGUCGCGGGAGACGGCGUCUGCGAUCCGGGACAUGCGCGCCGAGGCGGCGGCCAUGCGUGCACCAAACAUCGGGGACGGGCUGUGGAGGUCGCGGUGUAUGGGGCGCAGAGACGCGGUGACUUAUGCGUCCGGGUACAUCAAGAUGCUGAACCAGGCGGUCAAGACGUGCGCAAUGGUGAUUUCCGAACAGCGGGCCCUCUGCGCUUCCGUGAAUGACAAGCAGGUCCAGGCGCAGCUCCGGAUCAGGGCGGAUGGAAUCGCUAUCAGAUACGGGGUGCGCGCCAGUGCCGAGUUCGUGGAGCGUCCCAGCUGCGAUGGCCUAGCGAGGCUGCAGGAGCAAGGAGAGGCGGCGUCAGGAGAGUGGACGCCGGAGAGGAGAUGCGUCCGUCGGUCAAAGAUGGCACUGCAGGAGCAGCUGCUGCGGGAUCAGGUCGAGCAAAAAGACACACUGGAGGACUACAUUAGCCGUGCGAAGAAGUUGCAUGAGUCGACUUUAGAUCUGCUCGAUGACAACCUAUACGACCUCAAGGGCAGAAUGGUCGACAUCAAAUCAGCAGAGGUUAUAGAGGCACUGGAGCUCUGGGUCGACCUCGUUGUUGUGCCGGACCUUGAUUCCAGCAACAACGCGUCUACUCCGGAAUCGACGUAG